AUGAUCCGGGGCGAGGAAUCGGCGAUGGCGGACAGUUCGCCGCAACGGCCGCCUGUCGUCUUCUGCCACGACUCCCCAAAGCGAGUGUUAGUGUCGGUCAUCAGGACGACCCCGAUCAAGUUGUGUUGCAGUGGAGGAGAGCCAGAACCACCGCCACCGCUCAUCCCCACCAGCCCCGGCUUCAGCGACUUCAUGGUGUACCCGUGGCGCUGGGGCGAGAAUGCACAUAACGUGACGCUCAGCCCCGGAGCUUCGGGGGGCGCUGCUUUGGCCACCUCCUUGGCCGCCGCCACCGAGCACCCUGGUCUUCGGGGUCGGAGCGCGCCCCCACCCACUGCCUUGGGGGGCGAGGAGGAGGAAGAAGCUAGCAGUCUUGACAGUGGCCACCUCAAGGAUGGAAUCCGACGUGGUAGACCCAGAGCAGAUACAGUCCGGGAUUUAAUAAAUGAAGGAGAGCAUUCGUCCAGUAGAAUCCGUUGUAACAUCUGUAAUAGGGUAUUUCCACGAGAGAAAUCACUCCAGGCCCACAAAAGGACUCAUACAGGUGAGAGACCGUAUAUGUGUGACUAUCCAGACUGUGGGAAAGCCUUUGUUCAAAGUGGGCAGCUCAAAACACAUCAGCGUCUUCACACUGGAGAGAAACCUUUUGUUUGUUCAGAAAAUGGCUGUCUAAGCAGAUUCACCCAUGCAAACCGCCACUGUCCGAAGCACCCUUAUGCCAGGCUGAAGAGAGAGGAGCUAACAGACGCACUCAGUAAGCACCAGGUUGCAGAUAACAAGGCUGCUGCUGAGUGGUUGGCAAAGUAUUGGGAAACAAGAGAACAGCGUACUCCUGCCUUGAAAGGGAAGUCUACUCAGAAGGCUGACCAAGAGCAACAGGACCCUCUGGAAUACCUUCAGUCUGAUGAGGAUGAUGAUGAGAAGAGUGGGGCUCAGCGCCGUCUGCAGGAGCAGCGCGAGCGGCUGCACGGGGCCCUGGCCCUCAUUGAGCUUGCCAACCUAACAGGAGCACCCCUCUGCCAGUAGCCGAAACACUGACUGUUCCACUGUACAAAAGUACUGCCCGGCAUACUUAAAAAGUAGAUCCUUGGGCAUAAGCUAAGCACCUUAUCUGCUUAUCUUAGGCUGCUAUUCUGUAGACAUUGAUGAAGAAUGUUAUUGCCCCACAAUAUGGGGUGAAAGAUAAUUGCACUUUUUUUAUAUGGAAAUGGAUUUGAUGUAAAGUUUAAAUAUUUUGUAAAUAUAAGACCGCACAGUACAGGGUAGAAAAUGAUAUUUUGUGGGAAGCUAGAUUUUGCAAGUUUAAUGC